AUGGCGAAGGCCAUUGUCUUUACAACCCUGGGAUGGGUUUACAUUAUCCUCGACAUAGCAUGGGCCUUGCUCCUGGCCGCCGGCCUGGCGUUCUUGUACCGUCACAGACGCCUGCCUUUUCUCCAGAUUCGAAAACUUCCCCUGGUAUUUACGGCGGUCCUCAUUCUGCACUGCUAUGGAGCCGUCUGCAUGCUGUGCCUCACGGUCGGGCAGCUGGUUCCCUGUGAUGCCCAGUUCUGGAUCAUGAGCAUCUACCUGCCCUUUGGCAUGGCCCUGCUCCAGGCCGCCAACAGUCAGUUCCUCCACGUCGCCAGCCAGCAAAAGAGGUUUGCCCAGUUCAGCGACCUCGAGGACCACGAUCUCUCCGAGAAGAGCAGGCCGAUUGACCCGUCGUGGAGCUGGUGGAAGCGGAAUUAUGAGCAGGUCAAGAGGAUGGACAAGGUGACACAGAUUCUGUUCUACAUUGGUAUCGGCAUGGUGGUUGAGCUUCUUCUUACAUUCUUGGUCUACUUUGGUAGCGAAAUCUUCCACCCCGGCUACGGUCUGUUCAACGUCAAGGUCCCUGGAACGGAGCAGCUGCGUGAAGCACAGUGCUUUGAGGGAUGGGAGUGGUGGUUGUCCAUUGCUUGGCAAUUCUUUUGGGCAUGGUUCUACGCCCCAUACAUGCUUUACAAGACACGCAACGUUGAGGACACGCACGGGUGGCGCAUCACUACCAUUUGCUGCUGCAUUGCUGGACUUCCUGCCACGCCGUUGUGGCUGGCUGGGCUUUAUGCUCCCGGCAUGGCGCCGCUCAAUGCUGUGUGGGCUCCGCCUCAAUGGUACUCUCUUUCCAUCUUCUUCAUUGAAGUCUUCACCAUUGGUAUUCCCUGCCUGCAAGUCAUCAAGACGCACAACCUCCAGCAAGAGACCAUCGAUGCCAUCGCCGCUUGGGAACGCCGCAACCAAGGCACCGCCACCAACCCCGACGCCAUUUCGCAAAAGAGCUCUGGCCUGGCCAGCUCGACCCUAGCCGCCUCGUCCAUUGCCGGCAAGAGUGCCCGGUCCAAGGCGUCCAGCACCGACUCGCGCGACUCGACCCUGACCAUGGCCGCCCUGGAGAACGUUCUCAAGAACAACCCCCAGCCGCUCCUCGAGUUUGCUGCCCUCAAGGAUUUCUCGGGUGAGAACGUCAGUUUCCUGUCCCACGUUGCCGACUGGAAGCGUUCCAGCGGCCUGCUCAAGGUCGGCCCAACCGAGCGCUACGACACCUUUAUCCGCGCCGUCCGCAUCUACUCUCACUUUAUCAGUCUCGAGUACUCCCAGUUCCCCGUCAACAUCUCGUCGCGCAACGGCAAGGAGCUGCACCAGAUGUUUGCCAAGGCGGCACAGCAACUCAACAGCCGGCGACACUCGCAGAGCUCGGCGACGCCCUUUGGCGACUCGCCCUCGGACUGCUCGACGGCCGACCUGAACGCGGGCAACAAUGGCAUGGGCGGCAGCGACCUGCAAGAGACGCUCGGCAAGGCCAACCUCCAGGCGGUAUCCCAAAUGACGGACCUGACUCCCGACGGCAUGCUCGACCUGUCCAUCCCGCCCGCCUUCAACACGGACGUGUUCAACGACGCCGAGAAGGAGAUCAAGUACCUGGUGCUGACCAACACGUGGCCCAAGUUUGUGCACUCGCACGACGGCCGCUCCUCGGUCCAGUCGCGGACGGGCGACCGUGCCGAUGAGAAGCACAUGUUUGACGGUGCGAGAAAGUACUUUUGUGGUAUCGAGAGAAUCGUGUAA